AUGACGACCCGAUAUAGAGUUGAAUAUGCUCUCAAGACCCAUCGCCGGGAUCAACUAAUUGAAUGGAUCAAGGGCCUCCUGGCGGUCCCUUUUGUCUUGCAUUCCCAGCCCACCGCUAUUUACCAGGAACAUAGCGAAGCGCUGAACACAAUCGCCGCCGAUACCCAUUCUCGCUAUGCCGAGAUCAUGCGCGAUGUCGAGAAUCUGAUGAUCGAUCAUAUUCACCACCACGAACGCAAUGCCCCGGGCAAAUCGAAAUUGAAUCUCCUCGUGCCUACCGUCGGCACCUUCUUCACGAAGCUGUAUCUGGAGGAUGCCUUCAAAUAUCAAGACAAGCAGCGUUUCAUUAGUCGGCGACGAUUCGUCGCUCCUUCAUUCAACGAUAUCCGCCUUAUCUUGAACUCCGCCCAGGUACUGGGUCUUGUUCGCUCCAGCGACGUGAAACUAGUCACCUUCGAUGGAGACGUGACACUCUACGAUGAUGGUGCUUGUCUCACAUCCGAUAACCCCGUCAUCCCCCGCAUUCUGCGACUCCUCGAACAGGAUCGCAAAGUCGGCAUUGUGACGGCGGCCGGAUACACCGAUGCGCCAAAGUACUACGAGCGUCUUCACGGACUACUCGAUGCAAUUCACGCCUCGACCACUCUCACCGCCGAUCAGAAAAAAGGCCUGAUCGUCAUGGGCGGCGAGAGCAAUUUCUUAUUCCGCUUCGAGCCGACCUCGGAAGCCCGUCUGGCCUACGUGCCGCGGAAUGAAUGGUUGCUGGAUGAGAUGCAGGCCUGGAGCGAUGACGAUAUCACCGAGCUGCUCGAUCUUGCCGAGUCCGCGUUACGUGCCUGUGCCUCGAAUCUCAAUCUGCCUGCGGCGGUUCUGCGGAAGGAUCGAGCUGUCGGGGUUUACCCGGUAAACGGCGUUCGGAUCAGCCGCGAACAGUUGGAGGAAACUGUUUUGGUGGUGCAGAAUACAGUUCAGCGCUCGGCUGUUGGAUCGCGAUUGCCUUUCUGUGCCUUCAAUGGUGGAAAUGACGUGUUUGUCGAUAUUGGUGACAAAUCGUGGGGUGUGCGUGCUUGUCAGCGCUACUUUGGUGGUAUCGAUCCAGCCAAGACAUUGCAUGUUGGUGAUCAGUUCUUGUCGGCUGGUGCCAAUGACUUUAAGGCCCGCCUUGCAUCCACAACUGCUUGGAUUGCAAACCCCGCUGAGACUGUCGAACUUCUUGAUGAACUGGAGAAGACUGUCCACCCAUAG